AUGUCGCAUUCCGAGUCGACGGAAUCUGACCUUGACGACUUGUCGAGCUUUCUACAGGAGACCGAAUCAUCUCAAGAUGUAAUCUCGCACUGGCAGGCUCAGGAUGCUUCAGAACACUCGCCAAACGAGGAAGAAUUUCGUGCGACUUCUCCGGUAUCUGAGCUGACCAUGGAGGAAAUCCAGGCUGAAUGGAAGCCAGUGUUCAGAAAGCGUGCCCGAGACUGGUGA